GCCGCUGAGCUCAGAACGAGCCGUGUUGGAAAAAUGGUUGCCAGCAUACGAGUCCAAAAGCUGUUUCGACGGUAUAAACUAGUGAUUUCCGCCGCUUUAAUGAUCCUCCUGAUCCAGGGACUUGUGGUUUGGAGUCUGAGGAGCUUGGAGGAAGGCCAGGCGGAGGGAAAAACAAGAAGAUCCAAGCUGCCUGACUCCAACAGCCAGGACUCCAAGAGGGACAAAGCAAAUUCUUUGUCCGGACAGAACCGGGGCAGAUGGAGCGCCAGGCUGGAGAGGCAGAGGGGAACAGCAGCCGUUCCACAGAGGAAAGGAAGCAGCCGCCGUGCUGGAAAGCCCAGCGCCAGACAAAAGACCCCUCAGGAGAGGGGGGUGGCGGCGGGCGGGUUAGACGGUGUGGUGUCUCACGAUCUGUCCAGCAGCCGCAAUUUUAGCCUGGAGGGAGCAGGGAAGUUACAAGCUGUCGGGAUACCCGGGGAGCCAGGCAGUGUGGACGGCGCCCACCAAGCCCCCAACAGUGACUUUAUGCCUAAGUGUGAGAUCAUAGGCAAGGAUGCGCUGUCAGCGCUGCACCGGGCCGCGUCGCAGCAGUGCAGGCAGGAGAUCGCUGGCAUCGUGUGCCAACAUCAGGCAGGACAACUCAUGCCAGAGGCGCUCCCUCAGUUCUGCCCCCAAUACGGUGUGACGCAGCCGGACAAGGCCGCUGGGGAAGUGGAGCUAAGCCUUUCCAAGGUGGAGAACCCUGUCAGGGUGGCGUUUGUGCUGAUGGUCCACGGCCGAGCCGUACGGCAGCUCCAGCGGCUAAUCAAGGCCAUAUACCACAGAGAUCACUACUACUACAUCCACGUAGAUAAGCGGUCCAGCUACAUGCAUCGGGAGGUGCUGCAGAUAGCUGAGCGAUACCCGAACGUCCGCCCCACACCCUGGCGAAUGGUCACCAUCUGGGGGGGAGCCAGUCUCCUGAAAGCCUAUCUGAGAAGCAUGCAGGACCUGCUCGCCAUGAAGGAGUGGAAAUGGGACUUUUUCAUCAACCUCAGCGCCACAGACUUUCCAACCAGGACCAACGAUGAACUGGUGACGUUUCUGUCAAUGCACAGAGACAAAAACUUCCUCAAGUCCCACGGGAGAGAGAACGCAAGGUUUAUCAAGAAGCAAGGCCUGGACCGCCUUUUCCACGAAUGCGACAACCACAUGUGGCGUCUCGGUGAGCGCACCAUUCCAGAAGGCGUGGAAGUGUCCGGUGGCUCCGACUGGUUCGCUCUCACCCGCCGUUUCGUGGACUACGUCGUCAGCUCCCGGGAUGAGCUAGUGCUGGGUCUGAAGCAGUUCUAUUCCUACACCCUGCUCCCCGCUGAGUCUUUUUUCCACACUGUGCUCGGGAACAGUCACAUGUGUGACACCCUGGUGGACAACAACCUGCGCGUCACCAACUGGAACCGCAAGCUGGGCUGUAAAUGUCAGUACAAACACAUUGUGGAUUGGUGUGGCUGCUCCCCCAAUGACUUCAAACCACAAGACCUCGUACGGAUACAGCAAUUGACUCGGCCAACGUUUUUUGCCCGGAAGUUUGAGUCGACGGUGAACCAGGAGGCCAUAGACAUCCUGGACACGCACCUGUAUGGCCAGUAUGCUCCAGGAACCGUCGCCAUUAAGGCUUACUGGGAGAGCGUGUUUGAGCAGCUGGACGGCCUGGGCUCCAUCAGUGACGUGGCUCUCACAGCUUACACCUCCUUCUUUCGUCUAACCCUGAAGAGUCUGACCUCUCAGAGCAAGACGGACGUCUGCAGGUUUGAGCCGGUCGGCCAUCCUCUGUCCGUUCAUUUGUACUUCUAUGAUGACCGUUUCCAAGGCUACCUGGUUCGUCAGGAGGUCCGCACCGUGGAGUCAAAGGACAGGGAGACCCUGGAGCUGUGGGCCAUGCCUCAGGCCACGCUCGUCUUUGAGACAAACCUCAAAGAGUUUGAGAGGCUGAAGAACCUGGAAAUCGGGACGAACUGGGAUCCUAAGGAAAGGAUCUUCCGUAACUUUGGCGGCCUCAUCGGCCCUCUAGAUGAGCCGCUAGCGGUCCAGAAGUGGGCCCGUGGUCCCAACCUCACAGCCACUAUAGUUUGGAUCGACCCGGCUCAGGUGGUGGCAGCAUCCUAUGACAUCACAGUGGAGAUGGAUGCAGAGUACACUCAGUACAAACCGCCUCUACAGCACCCCCUACGGCCGGGCACCUGGACGGUGCGGGUGCUGAAGCAGUGGAAGCGCGUGGCCGAGGUCCGCUUCCUCGUAAUGCCUCUUACCUUUAAUAAUAAAGAGCCGCUGCGCAGAGAGGAGGACAUCUGGCUCCAUUCAGGCCCUCCUGGGAACCUGUACUUGGAUCAGAGCUUCCAGCAGCUGAGUUCGGUGCUGAAGCUGCCUCCUCAGGAGCCGGCCAUGCAGGCGGCGCAGCGUGCCGCUCAGCUGGUGGGCCGGCCCCUGGAAGCGUGGGUGGACAGCCUGGUGGGGACUUUCUGGGUCAUAGGUGACCUUUGCUCCACAAGGACCUCCUCCUGCCCAGCUGUAGGGCUUUGCUCAAAAACUACCUGGAGCUCUCUUUCUCCAGAUCCAAAGUCUGAACUGGGCCCAGUGAAAAGCGACGGGCGGAUCAGGUAGCCCUAGGAGAAGAGACUAGCCAGACUUUUAAUAUGCACAGAAUCACUGCUGGAAGAGCCUGAGGGACUCCAUAUUGUCUGAGAGAUCAGCAGUCAGCUGAUGGGCACAUAAUCCAUGAUCCUCCUUCACUGAGGAGCUGCUGUUACUUCAGACAAACCAGGAGAGGACUGCGGGAAAUUUGCACAUCGACUGCAAGCGCAAACAAAAAAAUAUCACUUUUAUGUGAACGGGUACAUGACCACCAUGUUGAGGUAUUGUUGCACAGAUUUUCAGUCCUGCAGUCGUCUCAGUGGAAAUGUAAGAAUCCUGCAUGCAAAACAACAGCUCUGCUCAAUCUUCAUUACAAGGGAGAGAAUCACCUCUGGAUCUUAUUAAUGUGCUUAUUUUAAAGCAUUACAAGAGAGACGCAUGAAGUGCACUUUACUGCAAGAUGAUGUUGUUACAGAGUUCCCUUGGUUACAGUGUGGAGCCCAGGGACAAAUGUCUUUAUAUGUCACUUUUCUUGCACCAGGACAUCGCUAAGUUUAGGAAAAGGUUAGAACAAAUUACCUACAUUAUGUUGCUUUCAAAACUAUUCACUCCCCUUCGACUUUUUGUGUUGCAACCACAACCUUCCAAGUGUCUGAUUUCUGCACAACAAACCAGCAUCAAAUGGUGCACGGUCGACAGAAAUCCUCAUUGGAAAUCUUUGUGGUUUUAACACGAAAAAAUGAAUGAUGAAAACCUUAAUAGGUAUGAAUACUUUUGUGAGGCACGUUGUCAUUUUUAUGGGGGGGGGGGAAUCAUAUUUUUAAAGCGUUUUUAACUAAAUAUCAGCUAGUUUUGAGUAGUUUUUACAUUUUUUUUUCUGUACCAGUUCAAUGAAGUGUUUUAAGAUGGCAGAAAUAGGAAAGGAAAAAAGGUUUUAUUGUGGCAGGAAAGGAUUGAUUUUAGCUCAUCUUUUGCUCGUUUUUUAAAGUAAAACCAACACAUUCUGUUUUAGUUUUGGUGGAAAUAAAUCUAAGGAUUUCAUAUUGUCAGAUUGUUAGAUUUGUUUCCUUUUCAGCUGAUCAGGCUUAAUAUCAGCGGAGUCCUUUUCCAUUAAAUGGAAGCAUUGAAGCUGCAGCUCGUCAUACCUCUCCAUUAUCUCUGCACACGCUGUGUUGUCAUGCCUGUUAAGGCUUUAUGCUUUCGUUUCAGUUCUCCUGCUUUUGCAUUUCAGUAUUUUUAUAAACUGUCUGUAUGUUAGGCUUUUUAUGAUGCUUAUUUUAGUUUGAAGAGGAGAAUCUAAGCUGCCUCCCUGUGGAAAAAGGUGACGUUUACUACAUAGCUUGCAGAGUUUUGUCUUAUUUAGACUUUUUAAGUUUUUUGUUCUGAAAUAACAUGUACAGUUUUAAGUGUCCUUGUUUAGCUGGCAAAGCACAGUUGCUUCAGUGAAGCCCCAGUUUUAUUGAGAGAAUAAGGAUCAAUGGGUCUUAAUUAGCAAAUGUUAUUUUUCUAUCUUAUCGGAGAGAAGCUGAACACUGUCUGUUGAAGCUGCUCCCUAAAUGUGUUAAAUUUGACAGUCCACCUGUUCAGUGUCAAAUAGAGCAGCUCCUCUGGGUUUUGGGAGGUUGAGAUCUCCAUCCAUGCUGUUGUGAUAGUCAGGAGCAGCCCGGGUGGUGACUCAUCCUCGGUUCCAUCGCUCCUAUCUGUGGGGAGCCGGAUUCUGUCACUGCUUGAGGAGAAGAUCAUAUAAGAAGCUUUCUGACUGAAAACUCAUUAAAGAGAUGGCCCUAUUCAA